CCGAGAUUCAUCACUUACAUUUGAUUGUAUAUUUUAUUCUAAUUAACGUAAACCCAACAGAGGUUUUUCCAGUUUCCAUUCAUUGAAACCUCCUCUCUAUCCUGUUGCUGAGCCUAGCUUAGGUUCAUCAGUUCAAUGGAUACCAUGAAGGGGAUUGACGUAACAAUAAACGAUGUAGCCGAUGUUUAUGAGAAACAGUCGAGAGAAGCAGUAAAAUAAAGAUCUUUCCUAAUUUGUGUUUCUGUUGCUGGGUUUGAUUGCCACUUUACCACAAAUUACAAUUCUCAACAUUGUCUUUGUUAGUUUUAGCUCAAGCUUUACUUGCAGCUCAACAUUUGAUAUUGUGAAUUGCUGUUGGAUAAUUUUGCCAAAUUUGAAACAAUGAAUAACAACAACGAAUCGACAUUGGACCAAUCUUCGAUCCUUGACUUCUAUGCUGGUAAAACUCUUUUCAUCACCGGUUUCUCCGGAUUUUUAGGCAAGGUUCUUGUGGAAAAAAUUUUACGCUGUAUUGAUGUUAAACGCGUCUACGUUCUUCUUCGCGGUAAACGUGGCUUAAGUCCAGCGGAAAGGUUAAAACAAAUUCUGAACAAGCAACCAUUCACAUUUCAUGACAAGACAGUGCUUAAUGCAUACAAAGUGGUUGCAGUCGAAGGUGAUUUAGGAGCACCUAAUCUUGGAAUAGAUCAGAAAACUUGUGACAAGCUAAUUGAAGAAGUUAAUGUUGUUCUCCAUUGUGCUGCUGAUGUGCGUUUUGAUGCAGACUUAGAAUCAAAUUUGGUAAAUAAUGUUAAAGGAACUGAGUAUUUGAUUGAUUUGUGCCAUCAAUUCGCUCAUUUAGAGGCAAUGGUGCAUGUAUCAACAGCAUAUUCAUUUUGUGACAGACUUGUUAUCGAGGAAAAAGUUUACCCUAUGGAAUUCGGCUAUGACGAAGUGGAAAAUGUUUUAAAAUCGCCAGAUGCUGCUUUUAAGAAGAAACAAACUGAGAAAUUUCUAGCAGGACGCCCUAAUCCAUAUACUUUAACAAAAGCACUUGGAGAAGACCUGGUAAUGAAAAAACGAGGAAACAUACCUACAUCGAUUGUUAGACCAUCGAUCGUUAUUUCAAGUGUUAAUGAACCAGCACCUGGUUGGGUUGAUACCAUCCAAGGCAUUCAGGGCAUUGGACUCGCCGCUCAAAUCGGUCUUCUCCAAACAGUUGAUUGGAAUUAUUGGGCUGCUGUAGACACAAUCGCAGUGGAUAUCUGUGCCAAUUUUAUUAUCGCAAGUGCCUGGUACUCUGCUUGUAAAAAGCCAAAUGAAUGUAUGGUUUAUAACUUGACCGCUGGAGCCUUUCAUCCUGAGAUGACUUGGGGUGGAAUCUUUGAACUCGCUCGUGAAGCUGCUUAUGUCUAUCCAAGCAAAAAACAAUUAAGACCUCUAAUGGCUCCUCCAAAAUAUAAAAGAGCAAGAUUUUAUUAUCCAUUGGAAAAAUUUCUGUAUCAUACCUUUUUCGCUAUUCUUCUUGACAUGAUUAUUUCACUGUUUGGUUACAAAAGAUUUUUAUAUAAGCAAGCUUGUCGAUUGAAUAAAGGCUUGGAUCUGGUCGUAUUUUUCACUACUCAUGAAUUCAAAAUCAAGACUGACCGUUAUCUAGAACUGGUCAAUUCUUUGUCACCUAAAGAUUAUAAGCUAUUUUAUUGUGAUGUGAGAAAAUUUAAUUUCUCUGAAUAUAUCGUAGACUGUGUUAAAGGUUUCAAGAAAUAUUUCCUCAAGGAAGAUGAAGCCGAUAUUGCCAGCGCAAAGAAACAAGUUAUGAUUGUUUGUGCUCUUUAUCGAUUCAUUCAAUUGAUGUUCCUUGGUUUGAUUGGAAAAUAUCUUUUCUCUCUUGGCUGUUAUUUGAUGAACAAUACAGUAACUUCCAGUUAAAUCAAUGGUUAAUACGAAUGGACCAAAUUUUUACAAUCUGCUAAACAUUUUUUAAUGAUGACAAAUUGUUGAUAUCACAAGGAAUUGAGUAUUUGGCCAUUUAAUCACAAUCACGGUCAACUCAAGCCUCCAACGAGCUUUUACUGUUUUUAUCAAAUUGUUUUAAAUCAUAUCGCUAUUUACAUUUGUUUUAAAUCAAAUUUUAACACAUUGACUCUCAUCUAUCAUUGAUGAAACAUUCCCUUCAAAACUAUCAAUCGAAUUACUCUUAAAAUUUACAUAUUUUAAUCUAAUUGUAUAAAAAUUGACUAAUAAUAAACUAUUUUUGCUUUGAUCUGUAA